GGGGAAGGAGGGAGAGCGCGAGAAGGAGGGAGCGCGCGCGCAGGAGGGAAAGCGAGUGAGUGGCAUGCCUAGUUGCUGCGCGCGACUCCUUGGGAAGGAAGAGCCGUGAGGCGAGGCCAGUCGGGGGCGGGCGGGCGCGCGCGCGGGCGGGCCACACUCGAGGCGCUUCUCUCCCUCCUUCCUCCUCUUCGUGGCUCUCCCUCAGCCGGGCGGACAGAGGAAGAAGAUGAGGCCGGCGUUGGCGGUGCUGGUGGCGGUGCUUGUGGCGACGGCGGCGAGGCGUUCCGCGGGCGCCAUGGACGAGUGCGCGGAGGAGGGCGACGGGCGGGCGCAGCGGUGCAUGCCGGAGUUCGUGAACGCGGCCUUCAACGCCACGGUGGUGGCCACCAACACGUGCGGCAGCCCCCCCGAGGAGUACUGCGUGCAGACGGGCGUCACGGGGGUCACCAAGUCGUGCCACCUGUGCGACGCCGCCCAGCCCCACCUGCGCCACGGCGCCGCCUUCCUCACCGACUACAACAACCAGGCCGACGCCACCUGGUGGCAGAGCCAGACCAUGCUGGCCGGCAUCCAGCACCCCAGCGCCAUCAACCUCACCCUCCACCUCGGAAAGGCCUUUGAUAUUACCUAUGUACGCCUGAAGUUCCACACCAGCCGCCCAGAGAGCUUUGCCAUUUACAAACGGACCCGGGAAGAUGGCCCAUGGGUACCUUAUCAGUAUUACAGUGGAUCCUGUGAGAAUACCUACCACAAAUCAAAUCGAGGCUUCAUCAGGACUGGGGAAGAUGAACAGCAGGCACUUUGCACAGAUGAAUUCAGCGACAUCUCUCCGUUGACAGGAGGCAAUGUGGCUUUUUCAACGUUGGAAGGGAGGCCCAGUGCUUAUAACUUUGACAACAGCCCUGUCUUGCAGGACUGGGUAACUGCCACUGAUAUCAGAGUGACUCUCAAUCGCUUGAACACCUUUGGAGAUGAAGUUUUUAAUGAUCCCAAAGUUCUCAAGUCCUAUUAUUAUGCAAUUUCUGACUUUGCUGUGGGUGGCAGAUGCAAGUGCAAUGGCCAUGCAAGUGAGUGUGUGAAGAAUGAAUAUGGAAAACUUUCCUGCAAUUGCAAACACAAUACCUUUGGGGUUGACUGUGAAAAGUGCCUCCCUUUUUACAAUGACCGGCCUUGGCGAAGAGCAACUGCAGAGAGCGCCAAUGAAUGUUUGCCCUGUAACUGCAAUGGACGAUCGCAGGAGUGUUAUUUUGAUCCAGAGCUGUACCGUUCCACGGGUCAUGGAGGCCACUGCACUGGCUGCUUUGGUAACACAGAUGGACCAAACUGUCAAAGGUGCCGGGAGAAUUUCUACCGUCUUGGCAGUGAAGAAUCAUGUCUACCAUGCAAUUGCAAUCCUGUUGGCUCCCUCAGCACACAGUGUGACAACUAUGGGCGCUGCAGUUGUAAACCUGGUGUGAUGGGUGACAAAUGUGACAGAUGUCAGCCUGGUUUCCACUCUCUCACAGAAGCUGGUUGCAGGCGGUGUUCCUGUGAUCCUGCUGGCAGCACAGAUGAGUGCAACAUGGAAACAGGGCGUUGCACUUGUAAGGACAAUGUGGAGGGAUUCAAUUGUGAGAGGUGUAAACCUGGCUUUUUCAACCUGGAUUCCAGCAACCCUAGGGGAUGUACUCCUUGCUUCUGUUUUGGGCAUUCUUCUGUCUGUACGAAUGCUAAUGGAUACAGCAUCUACAGAAUUGCCUCAAGUUUCCAGAUUGGAGAGGAAGAGUGGCAUGCAGAACAGCGAGAUGGUUCUGAAAUCUCUGUCCAGUGGAUUGCUGAGACUCAGGAAAUAUCUGUAAUCUCAGAUACACCUUUUCCUAUAUAUUUCAUUGCACCAGGCAAGUUUCUUGGAAAUCAAAUCUUGAGUUAUGGUCAAAACCUGACAUUCUCUUUUCGGGUCGAUAGGCGGGACACACGCCUUUCUGCUGAGGAUAUAGUCCUUGAAGGUGCUGGACUGAGAAUAUCAGUGCCUCUGAUUGCUCAAGGCAACUCCUAUCCCAGUGAGAACAUACUGAAGUACACUUUCAGGCUCCAUGAAGCAACAGAUUAUCCCUGGAGGCCUUCGCUAACCCCAUUUGAGUUCCAGAAGCUGCUCCGCAACUUAACUGCUGUCAAGAUUCGUGGGACCUAUAGUGAGAGGAAUGCUGGAUAUUUGGACGAUGUCACUAUUGUGAGUGCUCGGCCUGGGCCUGGAAUCACAGCAACAUGGGUGGAAAGUUGUACUUGUCCCACAGGCUAUUUGGGGCAGUUCUGUGAACGAUGUGCUGAUGGCUACAGGAGAGAGACUCCCAGUCUUGGGCCCUACAGUCCAUGUGUGCCAUGUUUCUGCAAUGGACAUAGUGAAACCUGCAACCCUGAAACUGGAGCCUGUAACUGCAGGGAUAACACAGCAGGUCCUCAUUGCGAGAAGUGCAGUGACGGCUAUUAUGGAGAUGCAACCACAGGAACUUCUUCAGAUUGCCAGCCGUGUCCAUGUCCAGGAGGGUCAAGUUGUGCCAUCGUACCAAAAACAAAGGAGGUGGUGUGCACUAAUUGCCCAGCUGGUACUACAGGCAAAAGGUGUGAACUGUGUGACGAUGGAUAUUUUGGAGACCCACUUGGCACAAGCGGUCCUGCCAGGCUUUGUCGCCUCUGUCAGUGCAGCGACAACAUUGACCCUAAUGCUGUUGGGAAUUGCAACCGCUUGACAGGGGAAUGUCUGAAAUGCAUCUACAAUACAGCUGGUUUCUAUUGUGACCGGUGCAAAGAUGGAUUCUAUGGGAAUCCUUUAGCUCAGAAUCCAGAGGACAAGUGCAAAGCUUGCAACUGCAAUCCUUAUGGAACCAUGAAUGUGCAGACAAGCUGCAGUCAAGUGACCGGCCAGUGUGAGUGCCUCCCUCAUGUGACAGAGCGGGACUGCAGCUCCUGUGAGCCUGGCUUUUACAACUUGCAGAGCGGACGUGGCUGUGAAAGAUGUGACUGCCAUCCACUGGGUUCCACGAACGGCCACUGUGACAUACAGACUGGGCAGUGUGAAUGCCAGCCAGGCAUCACUGGCCAGCGUUGUGAGAGGUGUGAAGCCAACCAUUUUGGAUUCGGUCCUGAAGGCUGCAAACCCUGUGAUUGUGACCCUGAAGGUUCUCGCUCUCUUCAGUGCAAAGAAGAUGGUCGGUGUGAAUGCAAAGAAGGAUUUGUGGGAAAUCGCUGUGACCAAUGUGAAGAGAACUAUUUUUAUAACCGAUCCUGGCCUGGCUGUCAAGAGUGCCCUGCCUGUUAUAGACUGGUGAAAGAUAAGGUGGCAGAACAAAGGGAGAGAUUGCAAGAACUGGAAAACCUUAUAGCCAAUAUAGGAACAGGUGAUGAAACCAUUACAGACCAGGCUUUUGAAGACAGGCUGAAAGAUGCAGAGAGGGAUGUCAUGGACUUGCUCCGAGAUGCUCAAAGCAUCAAAGAUGUAGAUCAGGGUUUGAUGGAUCGCCUGCAUGAGAUCAACAGAACCCUGUCCAGUCAGCUUGGUCGGUUGAGGAAUAUUCAAAACACAGUGGAUGAAACAGAAAACCUUGCAGGGCAGGCCCAAACCCGGGUUGACAACACACAAGAGCUCAUUGAAACAGCUUCCAAUAUGCUACAGAGAGCAAGGAUGGCUGUUGCCAAUGUGUCUAUUACUCCACCACAAUCAACUGGAGACCCCAACAAUAUGACAGUCCUGGCAGAAGAAGCCCGCCAACUAGCUACACGACACAAAGAAGAGGCUGAUGACAUUGUACGUAUCGCUAAGGAAGCAAAUGAUACAUCCUCACAAGCAUACCAGUUGCUCUUGGACACACUGUCAGGAGAGAAUCAAACAAUGGAUGACAUCAAUGACCUUAACAGAAAGUAUAACCAAGCAAAGAACAUCUCCCGAAAUUUGGAAAGGCAGGCAAACGAGGUCCAUGCGGAAGCAGAGAAAGCUGGGAACAAAGCGUUGCAGAUCUAUGCUAAUCUCACUAGUCUGCCAUCGAUAGACACUGAGAAACUUGAGAAUGAGGCAAACAAGAUCAAGAAAGAAGCCAGAGAUCUGGAUCAGCUAAUCAACAGAAAGCUGAAAGAUUAUGAAGAUCUGAGAGAAGACAUGAAAGGGAAGGAGCUGGAAGUACAAAACCUUUUGGAGAAAGGCAAAACCGAACAGCAGACUGCUGAUCAGCUCUUGGCUCGAGCAGAUGCUGCAAAAGCUCUGGCUGAAGAAGCUGCCAAGAAGGGGAAGGACACUCUCCAGGAGGCCAACGACAUUCUCAACAAUCUGAAUGAUUUUGAUAAGCGUGUGAAUGAUAACAAGACUGCUGCUGAGGAUGCUCUGAAGAAAAUUCCUGCCAUCACCCGUACUAUUUUGGAGGCCAACAAUAAGACCCGUCAAGCAAAAGCAGCAUUGGGGAGCGCUGUUGCCGAUGCCAGGGAAGCAAAGAACAAAGCUGGUGAUGCUGAGAAAAUUGCUAGUUCUGUUCAGAAAAACGCUGCUGAGACCAAGGCUGAUGCUGACAAGACCUUCUCCACUGUUGCUGACCUGGACAAAGAAGUGGAUGACAUGCUGCAGCAACUCGAAGAUGCUGAAAAAGAGCUAAAGAGGAAACAAGAAAGUGCAGAUCAAGAUAUGAUGAUGGCAGGAAUGGCUUCACAAGCAGCUCAGGAAGCAGAAGACAAUGCAAGGAAAGCAAAGAACUCCGUUAACAGCUUACUCAGCACAAUCAAUGACCUCCUCGAGAAGUUAGGCAUUGUGGAGCCUGUGGAUUCAAGUAAACUGAAUGAUAUUGAGGAUACCUUAAAUGCUGCCAAAAAACAGAUGAGGGACAACGAUCUGGACCGAAAAGUGUCUGAUCUAGAGAAAGCAGCGGAAAAGCAAGCCAGUGCCAUCAAUGAAUACAACAGGGACAUUAGCACCAUCAGGAAAGACAUUGCCAAUCUAGAGGACAUCAAGAAGACCUUACCAACUGGCUGUUUCAACACCCCGUCCAUUGAAAAACCCUAAGGGUGUGCUAAGGGCAGGGGGGCAUUCCCUCAAUGACUGGUGGAGCAAUUCUUUUGGCUGUGGAGUGCCUUAAUUCCUAGGUUAUGUCCCUCAGGACCCCUACCUUGUCUCCCGUACAGCUCUCAGUUCUUUUUCUCCCAAUUCAAAGGUGGGAAAUGCACGUUUUUGAGUUCAAAGCAAAUUAGGUACCAGCCUCUAGGGUAUCAAAGUUUCAAGAUGCUAAUAUCAACACACUUCUAUGCUCAGACACUCCACCUUCUUCCCCUCUCUCAGUAUACAGUCCUCCUUGAUUUACACAAAAAUGUGAAAUACUGUGGAUGUGUACUGAAUUACAGAAAUGGCCAUGGGAAUAGAUAUAUCAUUGGGGGGCAGUCACAAGCUUUGUCUUCCUCCUCUUCUCCUCUCCGAUGUCUCUUAACCUUUCCCCCUUCUCUCUCAUCCACAGCUCUCUUUUCUUUCUUCUAUGAAGGAAAUGGUUUGGCUACCAAAGUAUUAAAUAUGAAUGGCCAGGUGUGAGAAAUACCAGUGGACUUUACAAUUCUUUAAAACAAGAAGACAGAACCGACCAUAUCCGUAAAUUAGAAUCUAUCAAAGCAUACCUUUGGUAGCCAGCUGCCAAAUUUUACGAACCUUUCUAGAGUGCAAUAUGUUUGUGUAUAUCCUGGUUCUGAGGACAAUUUCUCAGAAACAUUUUGAGGAGUCAUGAGGAAGGAGUAGUGUGUUAGAUCUCCAUGGUGCUAUGCCUUGGCCUGGCUUCAACCUACAAGAAGAACGGCAGAUAUCAUAUCUUCAAGCUGGGAAGAGCCUGCUUAGGUCCAUGACUGUUCCUGUUACCAGCCAGUCACUAGACAUCUCCAAGAGAUAUCUUGCAGCUGGAUAAGCAGUAUAAGCUGAUACUUCAAAAGCAGUAGUUCAGAUUAUUUUAAUUUUUUUUUUUACUGAAACCAGCCAUCCAGAGAGUUUUACCUGCUAGGCUUGCCUGGGAAAUUUGAUAUCAGCAUUAUAUUCUGUGAUAGAAAGUAAAACCUAAGAGGUUGAAUUAUGUUGUAAACCUGCUCUUGUCUGAAACUCCUGACCCAUUUUUAAAGGAAUGUUUUUAAAUGGCCAGGACUCAUUCUAAGGACAAAUAACGUCAUGGGUUGGCAGUAUUUACAAACUGAUUUGCUUGUUGCUCAGUUUGAAUCUGCCCCCCUCCCAUUCAAAAUCCCCCUUCCUCCCCCACAUUGGAUGAGUUUCCUUGUAGAGAGCAGAUAGUUUCUUUUAUGAUCUUCUCUCUCCUCCCUCCCCAAAUCCUGAACAAGAGGAAACAAUCUCCCUCUGUAGUUUCCUCAUCAGACUGACCUGAUACUUCCACCCCCCUGCCUUUUUAAUCAGUGUAUACUACCCUUAAACACUAUGCAACUUUGUACGUUUGCGUAGAGGGGAAGAAAUUUAUUAUCUGACACACACUGGUGCUAUUAAUUAUUUCAAAUUUAUAUUUUUGUGUGAAUGUGGGGUUUUUUGUGUCUUUUUAAUCAUGAUUAUAGUGUGAGGAAAAGUCUAUUUCUCUUCCCUUACCUCGCUCUGUAAAUAUGCUUGGUAUUGUUUCCAGAGUUGCCACUGUUUCUCUCCCCUUUGCUUCCUCUUAAUCUACACGCCACACACAGUUUAUUCUCCAGGGUGGGGUAAGGGAAAUCGGGUAGUUUCUCUGUCCAAAUUUAUCCCGUUGCACCUCCAUAAUGGUAGUCAGUACUAUUCUGUGGUAUCAACAUCCAGUGGUUUACCAUUUGUAUUCCUCUGAGAGACAAGUUGCCAUCUCUUCUAAAGCCAGCACUGAUGCCUUAAGGUUUCAGAAGGGUGUAGCCCCAAAAUAACUAAUACUCUUUAGGCCUCUCUAAAUAAUACCUUGCCCCUGAGAAUUAUACAGGACUUAAAUGUGUGUACUACUCUCCUUCCUCUCACAUUUUUUUUUUGCAAAUGACAGGUAGUAAGCAGAGAACCUGUACUGGAUUAAAUGUGCAGCUUCCCUUGUUACUGUCACUUGAAGUGAGGGAAGAGCAAGUGAGAGUCCAUAGGCAAGACGCAAAAUGCUAUCUGAACUUCCGCUUUGUUCCUGGUUUACAGACAUUAUGUUUGGACUGAUUGUGGUUUUAUGAAUGGUGAAAGGCUUCUUGUUGGGCCUACAGGAGAAAUGUUACCCUGGCCUAGUUCACACUGGUGUGGUAAACCUGUAUCUGGGAAAUACUUAAAUGUAUUUCCACAUGGAAUGAAGGAACAUUCAGUUGUAUGAGCCUAACAUUUGCAGUGGGAAAUGUUAUCAAACUUCCAAAGACCAGUGAGAAAUAGACCAUUAUCCAAAGUCAAGUAGCAGAUCUGUAGAUUUAAAACUGUGGCCUUUUCUCCUGUAUCACUCUGCAAAAACAA